AUGUUCAGUGCUCAGGGUGCUGUGGAGCUAGGUCGACUGGAUCGUGAAUCCAGGCGCGACUUGUCGGCACACCGCUGCCCGCCACGCGUACCUGGAACGCUUCUGAAAGCUUCGAAACGGCGAAGAGCCGCGCAGUUGACGCUUGAGCGGCUUCCCUGCAUAGUUCUCCGUACGUCUGAGGAAGAAAAUGGACAAGGUGCAGGACCAGUGCGCCUGGAACAAGGCGCAACAGGCGAGAAUGCACGUCCUGGUCAUCUGCCAGCGAUGCCGGCUCAGAAACGUGCCGUUUCGCCUCAGUCGCGCCGCUCCAACGGUGAGCAACCUGCCCCGCGAACUGACAAACAUCCCAGGGCUUCUAUGUUGGACUAUCGGACGCGUUUGGACUUGCGUCAGUUUCAGCUGCGGUUCCAGAUCUUUGUGGAAGACAUCGUCGCCUUCCCGUUGACCUGGUACAACAUGCUUCGUAAUCGCAAGUCCGAGUUUGCGAAGCUACCUCGAAAUCCGACGACGGCGCCACCCGAGUUAGACUGCCGUGGCUGUCACGGGCUCGGAUUCGAGACUUGUCGUUACUGCGAAGGCGUUGGGCAUCGGUAUUUUUGGGGUAGUUCUCGUCGCCAAGAGUACGAUCGUAUGCGUCGGGCGGGAGAAGCGCGUCACUGGCGGACGAUUGUAUACGGACUCUUUCAUAUCGAGCGACGUGAAGUGCGAUGUCGGCAUUGUCGAGGCUUCGGUUGGGUUUCGUGUCGAGUUUGUCAUGGGCAUCAGCUUCCCAAGGAAUGGGAGACGAUGUAUAGGUGA